UUAUGUUUCCCUCCAAAAAACUGUUUAUUAUUCUUUUAUUAACGAACUUUCCCGCGCAAAUACGAUUAUCAACGUCAGGAUAGGUCAAAAAAAGCCGUACGAUCGAGACAUGCGCAGUGUGCGCAUGCAGUUACCAAUUGUCCUGUCCCUAAACGACCGACGCUGGCUUCGCCAUCUCUGGUUCUUUAUAAUAGACGCUGUUCGACCCGAUACGCCCUCUUCUUGCAGUUAUAAGUUUCUAAACCGGUGCAGGAUGACUGCACAGUUUGGACAAACUCAAAUCAAACUGGAGGGCACCGACUCCUCGGAGAACGUCACCGAGAUACAAUCAUAUCUCGAGGGAUUUCAAAAAGAAAUUGAAAGCACCGAUAAUAAUGCCACACCACAAGUUACAGAAAUCGAAGAUGAUAAUGAAGGUGAUGGUGAUGAAGGAACAUAUUUUGUGGACCAAGCAGGUCAUUAUUAUUAUCAAGCAAAAGGAGAAACUCAACCAGUUAUGACCAUGGUAUCAGGAAUUAAUGAUUCAGAAGGUGGGGAGGCCGAUGAAUUCAUUAUAAAUCAUGAAAAUGAGGAGGAAGGAGAAGAAGAAGGUGAAGAGGGUUUGCCUGGAGAUGAAGGGGACAACAACCAAAUCCUCAUUAAUAAUGGAAACGCAUACCAAAGAAUAACAGUUGUUCCUGCUGAUACAAGCUCCAAUGAAUUAAGUUAUGUUCUUAUUGUUCAACAACCAGAUGAUAAGGAGGGCGAACAAACUGAUGGUGAACAGGAUAUGGCAGUUUAUGACUUUGAUGAUAAUGAAGAAGGAAACGUAGUUGAUUCAGAAGCCGAAGACGACAAAUCGAAAAUAGUAAAAAUUCCUCUGAGACGAUCCCAAGUCGUUUCCCAACCAUACAUGUGUAACUAUUGCAAUUACACUAGUCCAAAACGUUAUUUAUUAUCGCGCCAUAUGAAAUCGCAUUCGGAAGAACGUCCACACAAAUGCAGCGUUUGUGAACGUGGUUUUAAAACCGUCGCUUCUUUACAAAAUCACGUAAACACUCAUACGGGUACCAAACCGCAUCAAUGCAAAUAUUGCGACGCUGCAUUUACUACUUCCGGUGAACUUGUCCGUCACGUUCGUUACCGUCACACCCAUGAAAAACCACAUAAAUGUAAUGAGUGCGAUUAUGCAAGCGUUGAAUUAUCGAAGUUAAAGAGACACAUUCGAUGUCAUACUGGUGAACGUCCAUAUCAAUGUCCGCAUUGUACUUAUGCGAGUCCAGAUACUUUUAAAUUGAAAAGACAUCUUAGGAUUCAUACUGGGGAAAGGCCAUAUGAAUGCGAUAUUUGCCAGGCGAGAUUUACACAAUCGAAUAGUUUAAAAGCUCAUAAAUUGAUUCAUAACGUUGGCGACAAACCUGUUUUUCAAUGCGAGUUAUGUCCCACAACUUGCGGUAGAAAAACUGAUUUGAGGAUACACGUUCAAAAAUUACACACUUCAGAUAAACCGUUAAAAUGUAAAAGAUGUGGAAAAUCGUUUCCGGAUCGUUACAGUUACAAAUUGCAUAAUAAAACACACGAAGGUGAGAAAUGUUUUAAGUGCGAUUUGUGCCCGUACGCUUCUAUUUCCGCUAGACAUUUAGAAUCCCAUAUGUUGAUUCAUACCGAUCAGAAACCGUUCCAAUGCGAACAAUGCGAUCAGAGUUUCAGACAGAAACAAUUAUUAAAACGCCAUAUGAACUUAUACCAUAACCCACUUUAUGUUCCGCCUACACCAAAAGAGAAAACUCACGAAUGUCCAGAAUGUCAUAGACCAUUUAGACACAAAGGAAACUUAAUUCGUCAUAUGGCAGUUCACGAUCCCGAUUCGAGUAUACAAGAAAAACAAUUAGCUUUGAAAUUGGGUCGCCAAAAGAAAAUACAAAUGAUCGAUGGACAACAAGUUGAAGUUAUGGGAUCGGGAUUAGGUUCAGACGACGAAGAAGAAGAAUCCGAUAUGAUGGCUGUUGAAGGAUCAGAUGGACAACAAUACGUUGUGUUAGAAGUAAUUCAACUUGCGGAUGGUGAAGAACAAGCGAUGGUUGUUGAAGGACAAAGUGAUAUGCUUGGAGAAGGGAUUCUUCAAGAUCAUGAUUUGCAUGAUGAAGAUGUUAUAAAAGCUCUUCAAUCGGCGAGGAGGGUUACAACUAAAGUGGAACAAGAAGAUGAAGAUGAGGAAGAAGAAGAUGAGAAGAAAAUGGACCAUGAUAUGGAAACGUGUUUUGGUUUUGAUGAGGAAGAAGAAGAAGAUGAAGAUAUAAGACAUGGAAAAGGAACAAUAACCCUUCUAGGGAUGGACUGAAUAUAAUUAAUAAUAGUUGAGAGAGGGUUUUUCAUUUUGUUGAAUAGAUUUUUUCGGUCAUUACCCAAGCGCAAUUUUAAUCCAAUCGACCAUUGUUUUAAUUUAUAACGUCCCACGAACGUUUUCUUAAGCGACUAUUAUAUUUCAUUUAUAAAAAGUAAUAAUUAAUGUACAAAACGCUUAGUAACGUUGGAAAUCGUUUGUGAGCCGGGUCUAUUUAGACAGUGUGAUGAUUCUGUAGGAUAGUGAAAAUGUUAAGAAAAGUUCCCUUUGUAUAUAAUAGGUAUUAAAAAAAGAAUAAAAAAAAACUGUACAUGUAAUAUGUUCAGAAUAAACUUGGUUUAAUUCGGUA